AUGCUUCCGAUUUUGGGAGGUGGCGGGUUCGGUGCAGUGUACAAGUUUAAAGACAACCUAGCAUUAAAGGUGCCAACUUCUGAGGCCUAUGCAAGGUUCAUCUACAAAGAAGUUUCUUUUAUGAAGAGGAUAGACAGCAAAUUUAUCUUAAGACUCGUCCACUCCUUUGAAAUUCGACCUGGCUUGCCUGUUCUACUAUCAGAACUAUGCCCGAUGGACUUGGACAUUCUGCAAGAGUAUUGGGAGACAUUUUUGGACGAAGUUCCUCUUCAGAUGGUGAAGUAUAUAGCCACGUGCGUCUGUAUGGCUAUUGGGCACUUGCACCAACGGCACGUAGCCCAUUUUGAUCUAAAAACGAACAACGUCUUGAUUAGUCUCCACGGGAUCCCUAAACUGUGUGAUCUAGGGUCCGUUCACCCUCUAAAUGAGGCUGGGGAAAGUAUCAAUGGGGUGGAGUUGAUGAACUUCACCCUCUAUAAGAACAUGACUCCUGAGGUUCUGGGGGGUGACGCCGCCUCGUGGAGGGUCGAUUACUACGCCUUGGGUGUCUUGCUUUUUGAAUUGAUGGAGGGAAGUUGGCUCUGUGACUAUUACGUGAAUAAUUUCCCAACCGAUGUGGUCACCUCUCCCAUUUUAGACAUUGCUCAGGAGGUGUUGGCGGAAGAACAGCUGGAGAUGGGUCCCCUGACUGCAAACAGCAGCGUCCGCAAUAUUGUUGACAAUGGCUAG